AUGAAUAAUAUGAAUGUCAUCGCUAGAACGACUGCUGCUAACAAUGCGACUAGAACUGUAACGACUGCUACUAAUAAUGUGACUAGAGCCGUGAUUGUGCGCACGCCAGAAAGCUCAGUAAACUCCUUUUCUUUCUUGCCAGCACAUUAUGCCAUCUCUACAACGAAUUCCCUGUUAGAACGUGCAUUGACAUCAAAUGACAAUAAUGCCAAUGUUCAAACGCAAAACGAAACAUUGAUCUUUACCGAAGGUGCAGUUUUUAAAGUGCCUGACUAUAGAGUACAUUGUACUUUUCAUCACGUCGGCACUGUACCAAAUAUU